GGAAUUUUGGGUGUUGUUAGGCACUUCCGGAGUAAAUAUUUCCUAAAUUGGCAUUCUGUAAAUUCCAACAGCAUUAAGUGUUUUUGAGUUCCAUAAAGAUGUCGAGCAAGGUUAAGAAAUAUAUUGAUGAAUGUAGAGGAGACCAAAACAAUACAGAACUUGACCUGGUUGAUAAAGGAAUUGCGAGUCUAAAUAUACCUGGCCUCUUGGACUUAAAGCACCUGACAAGACUGACACUGUCUCACAACAAAAUCAGCGAGGUUCCAGCCAAUAUAACAGAGUUGGCAAAUCUUGAACACCUUAAUUUAUUCAACAACCACAUAAAGGAGCUGCCCAGCACGUUAAAUUCCUUAAUGAAACUGAAAAUACUUAAUGUUGGAAUGAAUAAACUGAAUAUGUUACCUCGUGGAUUUGGUGCCUUCCCAGCCCUAGAGGUUCUGGAUCUGACGUAUAACAACCUAAGUGAAAAAUCUCUCCCAGGAAAUUUCUUUUGCUUGGACACACUAAGGGCUCUCUAUCUUGGAGACAAUGAUUUUGAAUAUCUGCCACCAGAAAUAGGAAAACUAAAGAAUCUGCAAAUUUUAUGUUUGAGGGAGAAUGAUUUAGUAGCAUUACCAAAGGAAGUAGGAGAUCUGCCUCGCCUUAGAGAAUUACACAUACAGGGAAACAGACUGACCGUGUUACCACCAGAAAUAGGUAAUUUAGAUCUAGUGGGAUCUAAACAGGUCUUCCGUGGCGAAAAUAACCCUUGGGUGACACCAAUAGCUGACCAGUACCAAGUGGGCGUUUCCCAUGUGUUUGAUUAUAUUCGAUCAGAAACAUAUAGAUUUUUAUAUGGCCGCCAUAUUGCAGCUGAUUCUCCUCCUCCAAAUAAACCUGCCGACAAAUCAAAGAAGAUUAGUCGAAUGGGCUGAACCAAUGAAAUAUAUAGAGGAGAAUGUGUAAACAAGACUAGAAAUGAGCUUCUUAUAAUACUCAAAGCUACAUGUAUACAUAUAGAGUAGCCCUUGUGUGUAAAUGUCUGGCCAUUUGUUACGAGUGAAAAAUGAUGGCUUUUCUCUUGAGGAAAUAUGAAUGCUUUGUACAAAGUAGGAACUAGAGAACUAGAACCAUUCAAAUGUACAGAAGAAUAUUUUUUCCCAUUGCAGGUGCUAUGUUGUCUUGGGGUAUUUAAACAUUUCAGUAUCAAAACCCAGUAUACCCAUUAAAAGGGUCAUUCAAAUGUUAAUGCUAUUUGAACUCCCAUGAAAAACUAAAUACUAAUAGUAGCUUCUUUACAAGUCUUAUAUUUUCAUGCUUGUAUUUCUUAAAGCUUUGGAAAGCUUUUUUUUUUUAUUUUUUUUACAAUUAUGGCUGCAAUUAGCUGGUAGUCUGGAAUAUUGUCUGUGCUUUCAUCUAAAUUUGCUAUGUGCUUUAAAUUCAGAUCUACCUUCUGUUGCAGGCUCAAUAUUUUUUAUGUAUAUCAUAUUUCUCUUUUAUCCUCUUUAAAUUCAAAAUGUUAUGCCUCAGGGUUGGUGCUGUAAUCAUAAAAAAUAUCAUUAAUAAGGGAAACUUUACAGUUGUUUCAAUAUUAUGACUGAUUGUAAUAUUUAAUGAUCAUGUGAUUAUUCAGUGAUUUUAAGAAAGGGAGAAAGGAAAGCAUUAACUGCAUAUAAUUUUACUACGUAUUACAAAUGUUUUCAGAAAUGGUCAAUUGGUCAUUAUGAUUGAAAAGUUUUAUAAGAACUUUAUCUAUCAUUUAAGAAUGCAUAAAAUCGGACUUGAUGUGCAUGAAUAUUUGUGACAUUUUUUAUAUGUUUAAAUUGCAUAUUGUAUGUUAUGUACUUAGUACGUGUACAUCAUAACAAAUAAAACAUCCUACAUAUGUA